CUUCCGGCUCUUCCCUCUCACUCUCCCCCACGGUCCCACCUACGCUUUAAUUCAAACUCUCUCUCUGUUUUAUAUAUAGACACACGGAUACACUCCAGAUCUGUAGAUUCUGCUCAGCCAAAGUUAGCCUUUUUCUUUCAUCACCAACAUACCCAGGAUGCAUUUCCAAAAAGGGUAUCUUCAGAUGGAAUUUUUCCUCACAGAGAUUGGUGUAUAAAGCAGGAAUUCAGGCAAGAUUUCACGGUGAAUGCUUCUGACUAGUUAGCCGUAUAAUUGCUCUUAUUCAAUCAAUCGCCUUUUGAGCUGUUCAAAUGUCAAGAUCAAGGGGAUCAGAAAUGCCUCAAAAGCCAUCUCCCAGAGCCCCACAACUCAGGACAUCUAGCUCCAACUCUGAUCCACUGCAUAAUCGACCAAAUACCGACAGGAGGAGCCCCAAGCUAGGAGAUCGUCAGUCACCAAAAAGCGCCCUGUCUGUUUCCGUGAAUCAAAAGAGAUUUGGUACUCGUGUUUCAAAUCUAGAAUCUCAACUUGGGCAAGCUCAAGAAGAGCUCAAGGUUUUGAAGAAGCAGUUAGCCUCUGCAGAGCUGGAAAAAAAUGCAGCUCAAGAGAAAUUGGGAAACAAAACUAAGAAACCAAGUAAACCAAGUGCUAAAGAUCCGGUGAAAGUCCAAAAGAAGAGAACCCCAGAUGAGAUUCCCGAUGAGAAUCGCUGUGAAACUGAUGUUUUUGAAGUUCCUAUGGAGAAAAUGAGAGUGGAGCCCAAGGUUGAAUUGAAUCAAUUGCAUGACCAACAAGAUGUGGGAAGUAAACCAAUUAGCAUAUCAACGGAACCACCACUAGACACACAAAUGCCGACAUCUGAUGAGUUGGCUUCGAAGAAUGAUGAGAUAACUUUGUUGAAAUCUAAGUGGGAAGAGAAAGAGAAGGAACUAGAAGUGUUUCGUGAAGAAAAUGAGAACCUAAAAAGUCAGCUGAGUGAAACAGCUUCAGAGAGGUCAAUGAUUCGAGCCAAGGAAGAGGAAAUAAGUUCAAGUUUGAUCCAGUUGGGAAUACAGCUAGAAGAAAGCAGAGAUAAGGAAGUUGAGUUGAGGAAGAAGUUGGAAGCUGAGAAAGUGGCGAAGGAAGAAUUGCAAAGUGAAAUGACGAAACUAAGAGUGCAAACGGAGCAGUGGAGGAAAGCGGCAGAUGCUGCAGCCGCAGUGCUUGCUGAUGGUGUGGAUAUGAAUGGCAGAAGGAUCUCUGAGAGGUCUGGGUCAAUGGAUAAGCACUUUGGGAGCAUAUACGAGCCGUCGGUUGCAGGGUACACAGGCUUUGUUGGUUCACCUGGUUUAGGGGAAGAUUUAGAAGAUGAUUUUGGAAAUGGGAAGAGGAAGGGCUCUGGUAUUAAAAUGUUUGGGGACCUGUGGAAAAAGAAGGGCCAGAAAUGAAAGUCUCUCCCUGUUAAUCUGACCCUUGAAAACUUCUUUUGCUGUUGUUAUGUUGUACUCCUAUUUGGCUGAGCAAAUGGUUGCAUUGCUUUUUGUUAAUAUCGUUCGAUCGUAUGGCGCUCGCGUCAAGAACGUAAACUAUUACAUCUGAGGCUCUUUAUGUUGUUUUCGCUUAUUUUCACAUAGAUCUUUUGUGAA